GGCGUUCAGUAGUAAACACCAGUUUGGGUGAGACAGUACUCAAGCAGCUGUCACAGUCCUAAUCAGUCUGCGUGCAUACGAUUUGCACGCACCUGUCUCGUUGAGGUGAUAAAGGGUGUAGUGCCUGUGUGUAACAAGAUAGUUGACAGUCGAAUACAAUAGCAGUGAAGAAGAGGGUCCCAGUGUUCCUUGCGUUUUCUCUUAUUUUUCACGGAGGGAGGUCUGCCGUUACAGUUUCGUCCGCAGUUACCGAGUCCAGGACGCCCCCAUUGGUCAUUACUAGUUCGCGUUUAAAGAAUCAACGAAUCAUACAGCUUGUUAGAAAGCGGUUUUCGAUCGGGACAUGAUACCAGAAUAAGAAGACGCAUACCGAUAACAAGCAGUGAAUGCCUGUUUCCAGCGUGGUGGAUCAUCUAACGGAGGGUACCGUGAAGUGCCAUCACGCGUCACGCGGGGGUGGUGGGUCUAUGGGGGGCUCCGCCCCAGCGGCCCCCCAAUUCGAGUCCAAAUGCGAAUUGCCGAAACGGCGCCAUUCUGGCUCGAUCGAAAACAUCACCGCUUCCGGUACCGCCAUCCAAGCAGAUGAAGAGCCCUUCCAGUAUCAUGAGGCAGUCCAGCCUCACCAAACUGGGUUCGAUGAUCAACACUGCCGUGAACAAAAGAGCUGGCAAUGGUGACAUCCAAUGGUGUUUCUCACAGGUGAAGGGAACCUUGGAGGACGAUGUCACCGAAGCUGACAUAAUCUCUUGCGUCGAGUUUAACCAUGAUGGCGACCUCCUUGCAACGGGCGACAAGGGCGGCCGAGUCGUCAUUUUUCAGAGGGAUCCCAUUAGUAAAAACAGUAUACCACGACGAGGUGAGUACAACGUGUACAGCACCUUCCAGAGUCAUGAGCCGGAGUUCGACUACCUUAAAUCACUGGAGAUAGAAGAAAAGAUAAAUAAAAUAAGGUGGUUGAAGAGGAAGAAUCCAGCUCACUUUCUACUUUCCACGAACGACAAGACAAUCAAGUUGUGGAAGGUCAGCGAAAGGGACAAAAGAGUCGAGGGUUACAAUACCAAGGAGGAGAGUGGUGCGAUUCGGGAUCCUGCCUGUAUAACUGCCUUGAGGGUACCUACCAUAAAACCCAUGGAGCUAAUGGUUGAGGCAUCGCCAAGGCGAAUAUUUGCCAAUGCGCACACGUACCACAUAAACAGUAUAAGCGUCAACAGCGACCAGGAGACCUACCUAAGUGCUGAUGACCUUAGAAUUAAUCUCUGGCAUCUCGAGAUCACCGAUCAAAGUUUUAAUAUAGUAGAUAUAAAACCAACCAACAUGGAGGAAUUAACGGAAGUUAUAACUGCUGCGGAGUUUCAUCCUGUAGAAUGUAAUCUACUGGUCUACAGCAGCAGCAAGGGAACCAUCAGGCUAUGUGAUAUGAGAUCUGCUGCUUUGUGCGAUCGUCACAGUAAACUUUUCGAGGAGCCAGAGGAUCCGACUAACAGGAGCUUCUUUUCGGAGAUCAUUUCGAGUAUCAGCGACGUUAAGCUAAGUAACUCGGGACGGUACAUGAUCAGCAGAGACUACCUCAGUGUAAAGGUCUGGGACUUACACAUGGAGACGAAGCCCAUAGAAUGUUACCCCGUGCACGAGUACCUGAGGUCGAAGUUAUGUUCGCUGUACGAGAACGAUUGUAUCUUUGAUAAAUUCGAAUGUUGUUGGAGCGGAAACGAUUCCGCAAUAAUGACGGGCUCUUAUAACAACUUUUUCCGAGUAUUCGAUCGCUCGACCAAACGUGACCUCACUCUAGAAGCGGCGCGCGACAUCGCAAAACCGAAAACACUUCUGAAGCCUCGCAAGGUCUGCACUGGCGGCAAGCGCAAGAAGGACGAAAUCAGCGUCGACUGCUUGGACUUUAACAAGAAGAUACUUCACACCGCGUGGCAUCCCUCUGAAAACGUGGUAGCUGUCGCGGCCACCAACAAUCUCUUCCUGUUCCAAGACAAGCUUUAGCACAUCUGUAUGCAGAUAAUACAACGCUACAUACUGACGUGAGCGUGGCACGUGGAGCCGUAAGGUAGUGGCGGAGCAACGUGUGUCUGAAUAGUACAGACGAAAGUCGACUAAGUGCACUGAUAGUCGACUGACUGAAAAAUAAGUGGUGUACGUAGCGCCGUCCACACUCAAAAAAGAUCACUCUUACUCUGCGCGCAUCCAUAUACUCAUACAUUGCACAGAUGUUACUACUCUGUAGACAUAUGCAUACACGGGACACACGCAACACACAACACGAGCCAAGACACACACACACACACACACACACACACACACACACACACACACACGUGGAACACAGAGAGGAGAACCACUGUGAAAGAGAGAGAAGAAAGAGGAGAGCAAGGGUGGUCGCAUACAAAGAAAAUAUACGUAAACAGAGGCACAUAAACUCUCGUUAAACAUACAUAAAGACAUUAAAUAAUCGCGCGCACAUAUGUACAUAAAAAUGCAUUGAAAAGAAGACACACUCGGCUCCCCGGACUACCAUGUCCGCUAGCUCAAAUAAAAUUUCACACGUGAGACCGUUUUUAAGAGGGACGGACAAAAUCAAAGCGGAUCGACCUUACGGUGGUUCUGGCUUACGUUUUCGUUUGCCGAUUACUUACGGACAGAAAACUCACGAGCUCAUUUAUGCUGACGCAACGUUUUGAUUGUGAGAGGUUGCCGUGGCCCUGACGUUCGAAUUCCAGGAAUGCCGGUGCCCUACGACUAGGAAACUUUUGUAAUCUCGCUGUUUUCAAUACAGAUCUACAAGAUCAACUCGUGUAGGCAAGACUUAAUCUUCCGUGCGCGUCAUCGCAUUUUACGUACGAUCGUUAAACGACCAUUUCCAUUAAUAACUGUAUACUUAUCAGAGCAACGUAUGUUAUCAACGGGACAAUGCGCGGAACGUAUUUGGCCAAUACACACGGUACGAAUCUUACAUCGCUCUGCCUGCAAAUUCUUCUACGGUCGCCUAAUCCGACGCUCUCAAGUAAAAUGAAACAGUAAUAACAAUCAAAAAUACCUGCGGCUAGUAGUGGCGGGAUAACGCGCGUUCUAUGAAAUCCUGCUAUUGAUAAGAUAACAAUCAUCAACGUGUAAUUACGUGAAAUAUCCCGUGUCGCCGAAUGACGCGAGGCUCAUUACAUGUAUUUGGAAAGAAAAACAAGAAAGAAGAAAAAAUAGAGAAAAUGUCGCUACUGUAACAUCAUUUUAUUAUUUCGCAUUUGACUAUGAAACUCGUCCCACUAUUCGAUAAUGGCUCCUAUCAAAGUAACUGUAUCUAACACAUUAAUGGUGAAAAUUGCAUUUCGAAAGAGAAAUUUUUUUUUUAUCAGAGUCACUACCAAUUUCUUCCCGUAUACUACGUACGGUGCACAACUUUAUUUCUUUUUUUAUGUAAUCUUGCGAUUUUUUUUUACUGUUCGUUUGCAAUAUUCGCCGUUAUCAUGGAUACAGUGGAGCAAGAGGAUGGAACGAUGCAAUAGGAAGUUGCAUGAAAGUCAAAGACUCGCUUUCAGAUGUUUCUUAUAGAAUUUUAAGCGUUUCUAUUUUUGAGAUAAACAACGCACUACAUGACGCUAUUUUCGCUAUGUAUUCCAGUUUGUAGUCAAAGUCAAACAUUCCGUCACAUCAAGCAAAUAUCUUAUACGAUGUAUUUUACGGCGAACUGUCAAUUCGGUACCGUAAUUCGAUAUGGUUUAACGACUUAAAGAAAUACUUAAAUCCUUAGUACGUAAUUUAGAUGGGAAAAGGACCACAGGUACAUAUUCAGACAACCUUUUACUCCAACUCACGUGGCAACAUUAUCACUAUCCAAAUGACGUACAAACCUUUUUUUUAUCGCCUGUUCGGGCCGCAAUAUUGGACUAAAUAUUGGUGCGAAUAAUUCGUCGUAAAAUACAUCAUUUCAAAGUAUUCAGUUCAAUGUAUCACAGAGAUCGUUAAAUAUCUUUAAAAAUAUCUUGCGCCAGUGUUACCGUAUCUGUCGUGUCCUUCUCAAGCAUAGAGACACUUAAAGAAACAAUUGAGAGCUGCGAAUACAAUUUAAAGCUUUCUGCCACUUCUCAAAUGGAUUCUGUCUUGUCGAUGCAAUUAAGUACUUGUAGAUCGUACCGCUAUUCCGAGACACAAGACACAGAUUACACGCAUAUUAUACAGUACGCAAACAUAUUACACGUCGACUCGAAGGUUAAUUGCUCGGUCGAAUGUCUUGAAAAUAAUGAGAAUAACAGUAGACAGAGUAUAAAUUGUCGAAUAUUUCUUAUAGGUAAUUUAUUGAUUCACGACAUAUACACGCGCGCAUAAGCAGUCAACUAUACGACUAGAAUCAUUUGUGAAAAUAACCAGGUUAGGGAGAAACUUGAAAAACAAAAUGAAAGCUACUCAACGGAACAUGUGACGCGGUAAGGUGGCCUUGCGGGAACGUAUAUGGAAGGAGAUGUGAGCAAGAUCAAAGAAGUAAGAUGAAUGGACGUCCAAGAAGAAUGAGAUAGACGAUCGGUCUGUAUAUGACAGGAUUGCAAGGGGAAUACAGGGAAUUAUAGGAUCACUUGCGGGGGAAAGAUGAGAACUUUAUCGGAUAACGAUCGAAUGGUCUCUACGUUCAUCGCGCGCAAUUCUACUGAAUCAGGGCACAACAAAAGAUUUAAUUUCCUCGGGAAUUACAUCACUCGCGUCAGUUGCUUUUUUUCCAGGGGGUAUAUAUUUUCCUUUGACCAUCGAUCUGUCUUGAUUGACUUUUUAUUUCCCUUUCAAAAUAUACCUACGUCGAUACGUGUUGCGUUAAUGCAGAUUGUGGUUCUAGGUGAAACAGAAAGAGAGAGAGUACAAAAGAAAUGGGAUUUAAUGAAAAUGGAGAAGACAGAACAAGUGUACUUACACAAAAUUUCUUAUGGAUCUAGACGUGCGGAUAAUGCGAUGUAGGUGUGCAGACGUAUAAUAAAGACUCCGGCGAAGGGGCUGCGUGCAAAGGACGUAAAACAACAAUGCAGACGAGAAAAUCAUAAACCGAUAUAUCAGUGCUUCAGUAGCUACGUCGAUAAGCUCUAAGGCUCCUGCUGAUCGUUAGUAGUUUGGUUGUACGUACGAGACUAGUGAAAAACGUGCAUUGUCGACGGAUGAACAAAAGAUGUACUAUCUGGAUAAAAAAUUGACCAAAGCCCAUCGCGAACUUAAUCAAAAGAAUGAAGUUUUGUAAAGCGCGAAAGCAAUCUGAUUGUUUAUGAUGGCCGACGCGUCCUUACCAAAGUCCCGGUUAAUAACGAUCCCGCUGUAAUUUCAAUACUGAAUUAAAGAGAAAAUCACUCGACUACAUUGUCGCUGCGAUUCGCUGUUCACCGACGUUCAUUCUCAAUGAAACCGAUAUUUUUUCGCAAUCAAUCCAAGGCGGGGUCUUGGCUUGUUAAUGUUAUUCACCUACGUGGGUCUCGUCCUAUACUAGGUGUUUCCGAUUCGAUCGAUCGUCGUGACGUUCUUCGUUGGCCGCGUGACGCAAUUCUAUUUUUAUAUUUGUCAAGCAGUGACGUACGGUGGCUUCUCAUAUACGCUUUUCACGUAAGUCGCGUCAUUUGGGAUCUAAUGAUAUUCUAUCUAUCGGUACCAAUUGGUUUUUUUUUGUAAUUCAUUGUUCUUCCUUCUUUUACAAAAUCUUUACUGUGUCAUCGAAUUGCAUGAUUUCUUUUAUUCACGAAUAAUAUUAUAAUCCUGUACCACGUGGGCUUAAGGAAGUUACGUGUACGUCAGUUGCUUUGAGGACGUUAUAGGAAUGGAGCUGCCGGUAGCCUUCGGGAAGCGCUUUGUAUCUAGAUCCACGAUUACGUCGCGCCUGAAAGAGUCGAGAUUUUAAUAUACACGGAUAUGUUUAUAACGAAGAGAAACACCAGCUAUCACAUCUUAACCAGUGAUAUUUGUCUCGAGUGACAGAGCGACUCGCUGAGAUCCUCUCGACGGGAACUGUAAUGUAGAUUAGCGUACAAUAAUUAGGCAAUUGUGUACUAAUGUAAAAUGACAAAGAAAGAAGUGCUGAUGUAUGGAAAGAGGCUGGUGGUCUAAGGAGAAUGAGGAGUGUAUGUAUUGUGAUUUUGAGAGAGAGAGAGAGAGAGAGAGAGAGAGAGAGAGAGAGAAUUUUUGAGCUAUACUUCUUAAUUAACCAUCGCGAGUUAACUGUUGUUGCGCAAGAACCGUCUUUGCGUGCAAAACUAUAUAUAUUGCAUUAUUUUUGUAUUAAGUAUUAGACGCUAGGAAUAUUUUUCUCUUGAUAAUAUUUUUCUCCUUUUUUUUUAGUUCUUUCUUUUUGUUAACUGCUAUGCAGGUUUAGUUACAGUAACAAUGAUCUGACUGCUCCGGUAACUAGGUAGGAGGCGAAAGUUUCAACGUAGAGAAGAAUCUUCAUUCGUGUCUGUCUGGCGGGCUCGAUCGAUAGUAAAUCGAACGAUACGCUUAACUAUGUAAUACACGAUUAUGUAUAUAUGCGUAUCAGCUCGUAGGAUUUUCUUUUCAUUUUGUCUUCUUUUCUUUCUCUUUGGAAUGACUCGUAGAAGCGUACCGAUAAACCUGGCGAAUUUGUUUUUACUUGUCAGUUUCGCUUGUGCGUCUCUUGUGGUCACUUCGUCGCCGAGCGCUUUAGCCAAUUGUGCGUGUCGUUUUUACGAACAGCGAUAUUUAUCACCGAACCAUUUUAAUUAUGCAAUUCAACGGCUUGUGGAAAUCAUUGUGAGGCAAUUUUACUUUACAUUGCUUUACUUACAUUAAUUAAUCACCCGAUGCAUAAUUUAAAAACUGUUCAUUGCGAAACAACUUUUCUAUUGUUAUGCGUUUAGCGGGUGGCCCAUAGGAAAAUUUACCAUUGUCAAUGGGUUUGGUUUUUUUUUGUUACGCUUGAUAAAUGGAUGGAAAACAAUUUCGAAAAAAAAUCAUCGGCUAUGGGAAAUUUUCUUACGGAAUGUAGGACUGUCUGUAAUCGUUGUCGACUGACUUAAUCGGUUGCCACUUUUUCUAUUUGGCUUAUUUCACUGUCAAAUUCAUUAAAGAGCGAGGAAGGUAGAAAACAGAACAAGAAGAUAACUCGGGGUUGAUAAUGUUACGAUAAUACAUUAGAGUUAGCUCAGCUGAAUUAGGACACUAUUUUGACAUACAAGAUCACGUAUAAUAUUACGAUAAGGCAUUUUAUUGCGAUGCUGGUAGAUUGCCUAAUUUUUUUUAAUCUUGGUAUUUUUUUAUCUGUUAAUCAGUUGUCAUAUGCAUUUUUACAAGGCUUUGGAUUAUUUUGCUAGAUUGGCACAGUAUUUUUUGUUCGUAUCUGUUUUUAAGAAUUAUCUUCUCAUCAACAUAAAGGCGAUCCUCAGGAGCACGAUUUUUUGCUUCGGCAAAAUUUGUGGGCAUUCGCGCGAGUACGGACACAGAAAGCUACGUAGAGUAAAAGGGGAGGAAAGCCAUAAGCGAUGGUCUCGGUCACUUAUAAACAGACUUAUAGUUUUAUUUACUAUACGAGAUUGUGAAUCGCUCGAUGAGAUAUCGCCAGAUACACGUGGUACGGUAGGACGUACAAAAAAUGCACAUCAUCCAGUAGAUGAUGUGUUAGGUGAUAUUAUGUAAACUAGGCUAUUACGAGAGCUAGAUAGGGAAAGAGAGGAUGCCAGAGAAAUAAAUAUUUAUCAAAAUCGUAUAUUAGUUUCUUAUCUAUACAUAUAUAUAUAUAUUUUUUUUUUCAUUGUUCAUCCGCGACGAAGUGGCACUACGAAAGUUCCAUGAUUAAUUGACAAUUGGUUUGAGAGAUCUCGAGUACAUUUAGUUAUAAAAAUUUAUGAAUUUAUCGCGUUUUGACUAACUACGAAUACGGAACGGUACGCUCUUUCGAUAAAGGCACGCAACUCGCGGUCAUUACGAAACUUACGCUCAAAUGCUCGCGCCGCUCGGAGUUGCUUCUCUUUAUCUUGCGAGGGUAUCAAGGAGAUGAAACGAAAAGAGGAAAAAACAAAAUAAUGAAAACCGUUAAUGUACUCGUUAUUACUUGCUGUCGUACGCAGUUGGGUAAGAUAUAUCGCUCCAAUCCGAUCAUUCCAGCGAGGUUAAUGACAUUUUGUGCCAUAGAAACAUUAUUUAUGCCUAAUGUGCUACAUCGCUCUUUGUCCAUCUAUUUAGCUAUCAUGUCGAUCUUAUACUAAAUUGUGCGUCUGCCUCUGUGACGUCGCUCAAUUUGUCUCCUUCCUGGGAAAAAAGACGAGUUGCAAUCCGACGGAGGAAUAUUACAAAAGAAAAGAUUCAGAGUGUCAGGAACGAGGAGAGGGACAAGCGGAGGUAUCUAAUAAAUUGGAUAAUUUAUUUAUCAGUAUUAGAUGAUUUUUUACAAUAAGGGAGACUUUGAAAAUUAUAUUUUUGGAAAGAAUUGUGUAGAAGUGAGGCGUAGGAAGGAAGAUACGAUGAGGUGUAGGCUACUCGGAACAAGAGAAAAGAAAAGGAAAGAAAAAAAAACUUUAGGAUUCCAUAAAGAGAGUGCCCUGUGGCGAUUAAGUUUUUAUAUUAGUUUAGUUAAGGCUUUAUCGAUAUACUUUUAAUUAAAGGAUAAGUAGGUAAUAUUAUAGAGGGGUGUUUCAAGAGUCGUGCCUCGGACUGGUUUACCGAGCGUUUCAUCCUGACUCUUGGGACACGCCUUGAGAUUGAUAUUAACGGUUAAACGAACUCUAGGCGACGAUAAGUGUCAAAGGGAGAAAGUGUCAAAAUUCUCGAACUAUACGAUUGUCGCGCGGACAAAACGGAUGGCCAUAAAAAUACGAAGUAAGUAAGAGGAAACGCGGGGAAAGGCGAAUCUUGUUAAAUCGCGUACGCGCGACGGCAUAUACGUGCAGCUGAGAAUGAGAGAGAGAGAGAGACAUGCGUGAUAACGCUAACACCAUAUACAUAAGACACAUACACAUAUAUAUACACAUAAAUCUCUACUGCGAAAACGUUGUAAGUAAAGGAGAAUGAUGAAUUUUACUAUUAACGAACGUGAAUAAUAAAAAGACACUUGUAUUAUAAUGUCUAAUGUAAUAGAAUGUAUUACGGAUAGCGACGAUACUUGCUGACGUACGCGAAGCGGAGACAAGAGGAAUGAAAGCCGUAAGAGGGAGGAUGAUGAAGAUGACGAGGAUCGUUGAAGAAAAAUAUACGAUGGAGAAGGGCAGGAACUUUGAGGGCGACGAGUCACUGCUGUUGGGAGAGACUCUAUUUGUGAGAUAUAACUGAUAAAUUAUCAUAGGUAGCUAGCUUCGAACGAAUGACGCUGAAUGAAUUUUCUGUACUUUCGUGUAAAAUUGUCUCGAGUAGGAAAGCGUGCGGGUUUCCGAAGGCACUAAACUAAGAGAAUGCUCUUUUUACUGCUGCAACAAAAUAUAUAGUACCAACAAACGCUUUCUCCUGUCCUAUCCAAAUCAAUUUUGCCUCUCGUCUCAAUUUAGGUUACUUUAUGCCCGUUUCCUCCGACGUGGCUUAAACCUGGUUUAAUUUUUUAAAUACAGUUUUAAGAUGAGGUAACCAGAGUUUAAACUUCGAUUAACGUCGGAGGAAACGGGCAUUAAUCUCCUUCCGACUGUCAAUUAAGGUUAGCCAAAUGCACUGUGUAUUUUUGACCUCUUUCGUCUUAUGCAACUCGCUCUUCACGAUUACUUUUGAACUUGUCAAACGAUAGAGCCGAAGAGAUAGAGCUUCUUAAUUUAUACCGGUAACGCACACCCUUUCCUUCUGUCGUCAAAUAAUCGACGCUUCUUUUGAGUGAGCAAAAAAUCUCUUGGCUGCUUUUCAAACAGCGACACUCGCGCCGAGCUCUGCAGUAAAAGUGCGAAGGUCGCACUCAACUGCGACGCAAUCGAUAAUCGAUUUUAAUUCGAUCCUCGAUCUCUGGUAUGGAUCAGGAAAGAUUGAACGUAUGCUUCCAAAUGAUUAAUCUUUAAUUUUUAAUUCCUAAACCCCCUCCCUUCGUAAUAUUGGUCAGCGAACAAUAAGUAAUUAUUAUUAACAAUGAAAUUAUGAAUUUGCAUAAUAAAAAUACCAAUACCGAA